CACUAGUCUACAGUCCGUCAGCUUCUGACGUUUCUCGUGUAUAUAGUCGUCUCCGAAUGUAAUUCUGGUCAAAGGGCAAAGAUUGGAAUCUUUUUAAAUCAUUCAGGAACAUUAAAUAACUAAAAUAUAUAAAAAUCUAGGGUUUUUAAUUAACAGACAGUUAAUUUUAAUUUAUUUCAAAUUUUUUUAAAUUAAAUCAAAAGUAAGAGCUACAGAGUAACCUCAAGUGUCAGUAAAAAUAAAUUUUUGAAAAUAUCACUUUAUUACUAAACACAAACGUCAAAAACAACAGAGUAAAAAUAUUUUCAAGAUUAUCUUCCACUAGUAGUACUGAUAUUUGUAAUGAUUUUUUUAAAAAAAUGAUAAACAUUACGAGCUGAGGAAACAGCGAUAGCAAGAUAAUAAAUAAAUAAAUUAUGAGUGAAAAAUCAAGCUGUAGAUCGAAGUCAAGUUUUUUUAUAACUUAUUCAUUCAUUAGUUAUGGCUGCAAGUAUAGAAAAUAAUGUUAUUACUCAUGGUAAUGACAGUAGUCAUGUUUCAAUCAGUGUUGAUAAACAGGACAAAAAACUCAAAAUCUUUACAAGUUUAUCAAAUUUCGAACGUAUAUCAACGAGCUUCAUAGCUGGCGCAGCAGCAGGCGCGUUAGCAAAGACAACAAUUGCGCCAUUAGACCGAACGAAAAUAAAUUUUCAAAUUUCAAAAAUGCCGUAUUCUCAGCGUGCGGCGAUCGAUUUUUUGAUAAAAACAUAUAAAAAAGAGGGUUUGUUAAGCUUAUGGCGAGGCAAUAGUGCAACUAUGGUAAGAAUUGUGCCUUAUUCUGCAAUACAGUUUGCUGCACAUGAACAAUGGAAACACAUAUUGAAUGUCAAUGGCCAUAAUACAUCACCGAGUCGUAGAUUAUUAGCUGGUUCAUUAGCUGGUGUAACGUCUCAAAGUUUGACUUAUCCAUUGGAUUUGGCACGUGCGCGUAUGGCAGUGACACAAAAAGCUGAAUAUUCAACACUACGUCAAGUUUUUUUACAAAUUUAUAGAACUGAAGGAUUCAUGGCAUUUUAUAGAGGAUUUACUCCGACAAUACUUGGGGUCAUUCCCUACGCAGGGUUCAGUUUUUUCACUUACGAUACGCUAAAGAAUUUAAUGACAGUUGAAAAAAUUCAACUCAAUCCUGGACUCGCGACUGUGGGCUCAUUGAGCUGUGGAGCAAUAGCUGGUCUUGUUGGACAAACUGCCAGCUAUCCAUUGGACAUAAUAAGGAGGCGGAUGCAGACCUCAGCAGUCAAAGGAGCUUAUUAUCAUACCAUGAUAUCUACUUUUAUCAAAAUUUAUAAAGAGGAAGGAUUAAUGGCAUUUUACAAAGGAUUGACUAUGAAUUGGGUAAAAGGGCCGGUUGCUGUUGGCAUCAGCUUUACUACUCACGAAAUAAUACGUGAUUAUUUGAGAAAAUAUAUUAGCAAAUAAAGUUGUCAAAAGUAGCAUAUAAAAUGUCAAUUUUACAUAUAUAUACAUAU